AUAAACAAGUUUGUGAUGUUUGCAAACACAUUUCAUGAUAACUUAAUUUUCUGUACAAGCCUCACGUUUAAUUGAACAAUUGAAAGUCAAAAUAGUAAACCUUCUUUGGAUACUAUCGGAAAAGCAAUGUAAUAAUAGUUUGCGGAAACUUUGAACGCUCAAGUAACACUUAAAAGACGUAACUACUUAUAAUAAAUACGAAAAGAAAAAACAUCCCCGAGUAUUCAACCAUAUUCAUCGUUGUGUUUUUAUUUUUAUUCUACUUGCGGUCAGAAAAAUUCACAAACCAACCAUGUCUGGAUCUAGCGGAAAACGAAAGGAAAUCUACAAAUACAUUGCUCCAUAUCCAUUGUACUCAAUGAAUUGGAGUGUCAGACCUGACAAAAGAUUUCGAUUAGCAUUGGGAAGCUUCGUUGAGGAAUACAACAAUAAAGUUCAGAUUAUUAGUCUUGAUGAUGACACAAGCGAAUUUAGCGCAAAGUCAACAUUUGAUCAUCCCUACCCAACAACAAAAAUUAUGUGGAUACCAGACUCAAAAGGAAUAUUCCCUGAUUUGUUAGCUACCAGUGGUGACUAUCUUCGAAUAUGGCGUGCGGGUGAACCAGAAACUCGUAUGGAGUGCGUGCUUAAUAACAACAAAAACAGCGAUUUCUGUGCACCACUCACCUCAUUUGAUUGGAACGAAGUUGAUCCUAAUUUGGUCGGAACUUCAUCAAUUGACACAACCUGCACAAUUUGGGGAUUAGAAACAGGACAACCUUUGGGUAGAGUGAAUCUUGUAGCAGGACACGUGAAGACACAACUUAUUGCUCAUGACAAAGAAGUUUAUGACAUUGCUUUCUCUCGAGCUGGUGGUGGACGUGAUAUGUUUGCUUCUGUAGGCGCUGAUGGUUCUGUGAGAAUGUUUGACUUACGUCAUCUUGAACACAGCACGAUUAUUUAUGAAGAUCCCGCACACACGCCACUUUUACGAUUAGCUUGGAAUAAACAAGACCCGAAUUACCUCGCAACAGUUGCAAUGGAUGCCUGCGAAGUAAUUAUUCUUGAUGUUCGUGUUCCUUGCACACCAGUUGCAAGAUUAAGCAAUCACCGUGCUUGUGUUAAUGGCAUAGCCUGGGCACCACACAGUUCAUGUCACAUUUGUACUGCUGGCGAUGAUCAUCAAGCACUAAUAUGGGAUAUUCAGCAAAUGCCUCGACCUAUUGAAGAUCCAAUUCUUGCCUACACAGCUGCUGAAGAAAACAAAAAUAAGAUUGGAAUGGAUUCAAAACCGAAUGAAGAAGAAAGACUGAAACUUUACAAACGUUGGGAAGCUAACGAAGAGAUUCAAUUAUUUCGAGAUUAUCUUCGUUAUCCUACUGUUCAUCCAAACAUUGAUUAUGAACCAUGCAUUGAGUUUCUUAUCAAACUGGGCAAAGAUUUGGGACUUGAAGUUAAAGUCGAACGUCCAUCAGUGAUGACUAAACCAACUGUAAUAAUGUCCAUGAUAGGCGAACAACCUGAAUUGCCAUCAAUAAUUCUCAAUUCUCACAUGGAUGUCGUUCCAGUGUUUGAAGAAUAUUGGACACAAAAACCUUUUGAUGCAUUUAUGGAUUUAAAUGGGAAAAUCUUUGCUCGUGGUGCUCAAGAUAUGAAAUGUGUUGGGAUGCAAUAUCUCGGAGCUUUGAGAAGCUUUAAGAGAAAUCUUGUAACAUUUAAAAGAACAAUUCAUGUGUUAUUUGUACCUGAAGAAGAACUUGGUGGUGUCGGUGGAAUGGCUGAUUUAAUUAACACGGAAGCCUUUAAGACUUUGAAUGCAGGCUUUUCACUUGAUGAAGGAAUAGCAUCUCCAACGGAAAGCUUUGAUGUUUAUUAUGCUGAGCGAAGCAUAUGGCACACAAUAUUUAAAAUCAAAGGAACUUCUGGUAGUGAUUCAUCAGUUUCACUCAUAAGCGACACUGCGGGUGAAAAGCUUCGAAAGUUUCUUGAUAAAAUUUAUGAAUAUCGAGCAACGCAAGUGGCGAAACUUAAAAGCGAUUCUAAAUUAUCAAUUGGGGAUGUCACGACUGUGAAUGUGACGAUGGUGGACAGUGGAGAGAAAUCAAAAAUGACACCGCCAGAAAUCAAAGUCAUGACAGAUUUCCGUCUUGCUGUUGAAGUUGAUCAUGACGAGUUUGAAGAAAUGAUCAAAAAUUGGUGUGCUUAUGCUGGUGGUGACAUUGACUAUGAAUUCGAUUAUAAAGAUCCUUUCAUAGAACCGACAAAAACUGAUGAGACGAAUCAAUUUUGGACUGCACUUCAAUCAGCUUUUGUUGAUUUGAAUAUAAAGACACAAGUCAAAGUUUUUCCUGGUGGAACUGAUGCACGUUUUCUAAGAAGCGUAGGAAUUCCAGCUAUUGGAUUCUCACCCAUGAACAACACUCCAAUUUUAUUACACGAUAAUGACGAAUAUUUGGAAGCUGACACUUAUCUCAAAGGAAUUAAAAUUUAUGAGAAAAUUAUUGAGAAAGUUGCAAAUCAAUCAUCUUUAUUGCUAAUUUCCCUUUCAGAACCGUGCGUUGAUUUUUUACGAGCUCAGGCCGACGAACUGGGCCUUGAAUUUCGAAUUGAAGUUCCAGUCACUCCAAAAAAACCAAUUUGCAUAUUAACAUGGAUUGGAACAAGACCUGAACUCAAGUCGAUCAUUCUGAAUUCUCACAUGGAUGUUGUUCCAGUUUUUCAAGAGUUUUGGACACACGACGCCUUCGCAGCUGAUAUCGAUGAAGAAGGAAAAAUCUUUGCACGAGGAUCACAAGAUAUGAAAUGUGUCGGCACGCAAUAUCUUGGAGCUUUACGUCAUUUCAAACGAAACAAUAUCAGAUUCAAACGAACCAUUCAUGUAACUUUCGUCCCGGAAGAAGAGAUCGGCGGUGUCGAUGGAAUGAAAGAAUUCGUUCAUCAAAAAGAAUUUAAAUUGUUAAAUGCAGGAAUUUCUCUUGACGAAGGCGUUGCAUCACCAAAUGAUGAAUUUAGCGUUUAUUAUGCUGAACGAUCGAUUUGGCAUGUUCAUUUCACAAUUCCAGGACAACCUGGACAUGGAUCAUUGCUUUUGAAGAACACAGCAGGAGAAAAAGUCAGAAAUUUACUUGAUCGUUUCAUUGACUAUCGAAAUUCUCAAAUCAAGCGAUUGAAUGACGAUCCCGACUUGACAAUUGGUGAUGUGACGACUGUCAACAUUACAAUGAUGAAAGGUGGCGUUCAGUCUAAUGUUGUACCACCUGAAUAUCGUGUGACUGUUGACAUGAGACUAGCGCUUGAUGUUGACCAUCAUCACUUCGAAAGCAUGUUCCGAAAGUGGUGCGAUGAGUCAGGAGAAGGAAUCAAAUAUGAAUUCGAGCAAAAACAACCGAAGGUUGAACCAACGAGAACUGAUAAAAGUAACCCAUUCUGGGGUGCAUUCAACGAAGCCACAGAUGAACUUGAAUUGAAGACCAAUUUACUUGUGUUCCCUGGGGGGACCGACUCGCGUUACAUUCGUGCCGUUGGAAUUCCAGCUAUUGGAUUUUCACCGAUGAACAACACUCCGAUUUUGCUUCACGAUAACGAUGAAUUUCUCAAAGCCGAUGUUUAUCUAAGAGGCAUUGAAAUCUAUAAAACAAUCAUCUCGAAACUCGCUAAUUUGGACUCUGAUAAGCUCAAUGAUAAUAAAUAUCCCUGUGUAAGUUUCUUACAAAAGUUAGCCAAUGAACUUGGCCUUCAAUUUCAUGUGGAAUGUCCUGUGUCGAAAGAAAAGCCAACAGUAAUUUUAAGUUGGAUUGGAAUACAACCUGAACUCAAAUCUAUCAUGUUGAAUUCUCACAUGGAUGUUGUUCCAGUAUUCGAAGAGUUUUGGACACACGAUCCAUUCGCAGCUGAUACUGAUGAAGAAGGAAGAAUCUUUGCGAGAGGUGCUCAGGAUAUGAAGUGUGUGGGGAUGCAAUACCUGGGCGUAAUUCGAUAUUUCAAGAAAAACUACAUUCAAUUGAAGAGAUCAAUUCACGUUGUGUUCGUACCUGAUGAAGAAAUAUUUGGACCAGAAGGAAUGAAAGCUUUCGUAUUGACUGAGUUUUUCAAACGUUUAAAUGUUGGAUGUGUUCUUGAUGAAGGAAUUGCAUCACCCGAUGAUACAUACAACAUGUUUUAUGCUGAACGAAGAUGCUGGCAUGUUUUGUUUCGUGUUUUCGGUCAACCAGGUCAUGGUUCAUUGUUACUGGAGAAUACUGCAGCUGAAAAUCUUCAUUUAUUAAUGGAUAAAAUUUAUGAUUAUCGAGCUUCACAAGAAAAGAUUUUGAAUGAAAAUCCUUCUCUACUUUUGGGUGAUGUGACAAGUAUUAAUGUAACAAAUAUCAAGGGUGGUAAGCAGAGGAAUGUCUUACCACCAUUCAUAGAGGCAACAGUUGAUAUUCGAAUGGCAAUCACUGUCAAUCCAGGAGAAUUUGAAGAAAUGCUGAAUCAAUGGAUAAAAAGUUGUUGCGAUAAUAUUGAGAUAGAAUUUGAGGUGAAAGAACCUUAUUGUGAGCCGACUAUAAUUGAUGAUUCAAACAUUUAUUGGAAAGGAUUCAAGUCAGCAGUUGAUGAAUUAAACAUAAAAAUUUCACCCCAAGUAUUUCCAGCUGGCACUGACUCGUCUCAUAUCAGACUUCUCGGAAUUUCUGCAUUUGGCUUUUCGCCAAUGAUCAACACACCCGUCUUGCUUCAUGAUCAUGACGAGUAUCUAAGUGCGGAUGUUUAUCUCCAAGGAAUAGAAAUUUAUAAGAAAAUCAUUCAAAAUAUGGCGAAUGUUGAAGGAUGAAAGAAGAAAAUAUUCAAUUCUUUAAUUAACAUAAAUUUUACAUCAUUUGAAUCGUAAAUUUAAUCAUAUUUGAAGAUUUCAUCUUCUUAUUUAGGUUCUGGAUUUAAUCAUUGCACGAUAAUAUUUUAUUCAAAAAUAUCAUUUGUGUGAUAAUUUAGAAUUUAGUCUACAUAAAUUGGAAUUAUUAU